UUGUGCGACAACUUGUGCUGUGGAAGGAUGUCUUGACGCGCGUCCGUUCAGCAGUCAGCAUUAGAAUCAUACUGUAGCGUAGUAAUUGAAGUCGCAGCAGCAGCAAACAGUGAAAGAGCAGGCGACGAAAUUGUUUGCAGUGCUGUUGUUAUUAGUUAUUGACAAUCCGUAUAAUGGACAGUCGAGUACGAGAUACUUAACACACACACACACACUCAAAUAAAAACGUAUAUGACCAACUAGAGCCGAAAAAAAGGCAGUCAAACAAUAAAAGAGAAAACAAAUCAAAAUCAAGCGAACAAAGUAAACAAAAAAUCACAACAGGCUGCGCUUAUCACAAGCACAACAACAAUACUAACAACAACAACAACAACAGCAAGAGUAAUACUAAAUGCAAACACCAAUACAAACAACGAAUAACGUAGAACGCAUAACGAAUAACAACGAAUCAAUUCUUGCGCACUCAAAACCCAAAGUGGCAAUCAGUCAAUCAGAGAAUCUCUCUGGCAAUAGACCACAACACACACAACUAUAUAUCGACUUGCAUAUUCCCUACGAUAUCUCGAUAUCUCUUUAAGUUCGCGGCGAGUUCAGACGUUCAGUUGUUCAAUUGUUGGAAGCUCGAGUGGUUGCUUGUGUCGCGUUUCAACGAGAGGAUCACUUUUAGCUUCUUAUCGCCGUCGGUUGGCUCGACUUUUGACACGCUCCUCCUUCUGUUCCUCGUCCUGUAUUUUCUUCAGCGAGGCUGAACGUUAGCUACUGAUAUCCAAAGAUUUCAAGCGCGUUUUUUAUGGCGUGCCCGUGCCGCCAGUGCUAAUGAUGUCGCGUCGAGAAGUGCAGCAGCACAACUGCAAGAGAACAACUGCAUCGAAUCCGUUCCGGCAAACAGCGACUUCGACUCCAACUCCGACUCCAACUUCAACUGCAACUGCAAGUGCUUGUGUUUGAUUGUGAUUGUGUCUAAUUUGCGUCUCCGUCGUGGCAAUAAAAAAGUAAAACACUGUGUGAGAAACCAACCGGUAAUCGGAAAAUCAAAGCGUGCUUUAGUCUUAUCGCAAAUUAUAACAUUACAGCAAUAAUAAAUUUAUAGCAACAUUUUAAUAAUUGCUACCAAGCAAGACUAAUUAAUUAAUGCCAAACGCGCCAAACUUGACGCAAAUCAUAUAUAAAUAAAACCUCAAGGGUCUGCAACAAUCAUCGAUCCGAGUGAACACUGAGAACUCGCAAGUGCAAACCGAAAAUUCUAAAACCGAAAACGAUCCAACGAUCAUUGUCAAUUUCCAUGAUGGACUUUCAAAGCGCCAUGGAAACCUUUGCCGAGGCCUGGGUAGCUGCCAAUGCCGGACAGCAGAGCCAGGCUUUGGCACUUACUCGAGCGGCCAAUGCGGCGGCGGUUGUGGCCGCUGCCAAUGCGAAUGCGAAUGCCAAUGUUAAUGCCAAAUCUCCCUCGGCCGCAGCCAGCCUCAUGGACAUGGCUGUCAAGAAGGAGCACUCGUUGUCGCCGCCGCACAGCGUCAUCCCCGAGGACUCCAGCUCUGGCCUUGGCCAGCUGCAGCACAGACGCUCCUCGCUGCAGGGUGUGCAGGAGAAGCUCACCCAGCUACAGAUGCAACAUCAGCAUCACCAGCAGCAACAGCAACAGCAGCAACAGCAACAACAACAGCAGCAACAAUCUGCUGUGGAGCAAGUCAAUGCUGCUGGUCGUCGUUCCGCUGAAGGCAGCCCCCAUUCCUUGACCCAUCUACAGCAGCAACAUCAACAGCAGCAGCAGCAAUCACAGCAGCAACAACAGCAACAGCAGCAGCAUCUGCAUGGCUCCGAUGGCGGCGGCAGCGCCUUGGCCUCCUCGGCGGCAUCUAGUCAGAAUGCCUCGUUGUCAGCGACGCCAAAGAGCGAGCGGGAACGCGAACGUGAGCGUGAGGAACGUGGCAGCAUCUCCUGCCUGCCACCAGCUGCUCUGGGCAUGGCUGUGGGCGUGCAACAAGCCCAGCAGCAGGCGGAAAAGCUGCUCAGUCAUCCGGCGCUCGAGUCCCGUCGCGACUUCGAUGUCAGCAAAGUGAAUCCGAAAUCGCUUCCACUGCACUGCGUGGUGGAGUCUGUGCACUCGUUGCAUGCCUCGCUUACCAUAGACACACGCCAGCCGUGGAAACGGCGACCGAACAUCGAGACAGACAGCUACGUGAUCAUUGCAGCGGCCACGCCCUGGAGCGAAAUAGUGCAAACGGCGCUGCAGCGUCUCGGCUACUCCCAAGAGGUGGCGAACACAGCCAGAGGCUCGCUCAUCAUCAAGCACUGGAAACCAAUACCGUUGGAACAGAUCUCCGAUAAUCCGGCUGUGCCGGUUAGCGACAUUGUCGGUGAGCUGACAUCGGUGAUAACGCUGCGUAUUGUCAUCUUACGGCCGAAGACAUCCCCCUUUGGGGAGAUCAAGGACAAGCUGCUCAAGCUGCUCGUCCUGCAAUCGCACGGACUGCUGCGUUCCACCGGCUGUCCCCUGGAUGAGGUGACGCUCUCGCAGAUCUGUCGCAGUUCCCAUCAGAAUACCUACGCAAUGCCCGGUGGCGAAAUCUCCGAUGAGCUCCGUCGCAAGUUCGAUCAAUGGUGGUCGAAUCAACUCUCUCCCCAGUCCGCGAUGACGCCAAAGAUGCUGCCCUUCAUGUCCGCCCCGAAUGCGGUGCCCGUGGUGCCCAGCGAAAUGGACUUUCCCGUGGGCACAGCCAUGGCUGCCGCAGCUGCUGCGGCUGCUCACGCUGCUGCCGCUGGAGCUGCUGGCGCCGCAGCCAAUCCGCUGAGUGCGAUGGGCAGCCGGGAGUCGUUGUUGCUGGCCAACGAAGCAGCCGCUGCUGCUGCCGCCGUGGGACAUCAUCCCAAUGCUGCGGUUAGUCAGGCCCAGGCGGCCGGGCAUCAUGGCAAUAUGCUGGUGCAUCCGAUGCACGCGUCGAUGCAUCAUCAUCAUCAUGCGGCCUCGCAUGGCGGACAGUAUCCGAAUCAGAAGACACGCAUGCGCACCAGCUUCGAUCCGGAGAUGGAGCUGCCCAAGCUGCAGAAGUGGUUCCAGGAGAAUCCGCAUCCGUCGCGCCAACAAAUCCAGACCUAUGUGGUCCAGUUGAAUGCUCUGGAAUCGCGUCGCGGUCGCAAGCCACUCGAUGUCAACAAUGUGGUCUACUGGUUCAAGAACGCACGUGCCGCACAGAAGCGCGCCGAGAUGCGUGGCGGUAGCUUGGGCAAUGCCAUGACGGCGUUGGGACAUGCGGCCAUGAAUGGUUAUCUCAGCCAGCAUGCGCCGUUGGGUCAGAACUCGAGCAGCAGCGCCGGAAGUCAGCCGUUGAGCAUGGGCAAUCUGUCGAUGUCGCAUGACUAUCUCAAGAGUCCGAUGAGCCUGAAGUCCGAGGACAUUGACACCAUGUCCCAGCACUCCGAUGAACUAGAGGAGGAGCCCAGUCGUCCCACAACGCCACAGCUACCGUUGUCGCUGACCACACACGAACGCCAUCGCAGUUCACCUAUGUUGGACGAUGAUGACGAUGAGGAUCGCAGCGAGCAACAGCAGCAGCAGCCACAGCGUGUGAAGAGCGCUGGCAGCGACUUGGCCAAUGGGGUGACGGAGCGCGAUGAGAAGCCAACUGGCCUGAAGACUCAAGAUGAGUUGGAAAUGCAUGACAACGACAAUGACAACGACAACUCCAAUGACAAUUGCAGUGGCAAUGCCAGCGGCAAUGCUGAGGCAGCCAAUGAUGCCAACGAUGGGGUACACAACAACAACAGCAGCAACAACAACAAUAACAGCAGCAGCAACAACAGCAGCAACCACAACAACAGCGGCAGCAACAACAACAACAACAAUGGGGAAAAUAACCAGAGUCACAACGAACGCGAUGAAGCCGCCUCGACGCCCAAGCACAGCACACCCAAGGAGGAGGACGAUGAUCUGGACAUGGAUGAGGACGAUGAGGACAAUGAGAACGAUACCAGCCAUCUGGAUGAGUUUCGUUCGCCAUCACCCGACUUGGGUGGCAGCGUGGUUCCACACAAGGAUCAACUGCCUUUUCCCAUGGUCCCCAACUCGAUGUUCUCGCAGUCCUUCAUGUACAUGAGCCAUUACAUCCCGGCCUUUGGCCAGGCAGCCGCCGCCCAUCCGCACGCACAUCAUGCGGCCGCUGCGGCAGCCGCCGCUGGCAUGCAACCGAAUGCGUUGAUGGGCGGUGCCGGACUCAAUCUGUCGAGCAUAUCGAAUGAGGAGCGACGCAAGCGCAAUCGCACCUUCAUCGAUCCGGUGACGGAGGUGCCCAAGUUGGAGCAAUGGUUCGCCAUGAACACGCAUCCCUCGCACAAUCUGAUCCUCAAGUACACCGAGGAUUUGAACACCAUGCCCUACCGUCAAAAGUUUCCGCGUCUCGAGAGCAAAAAUGUGCAGUUCUGGUUCAAGAAUCGUCGGGCCAAGUGCAAGCGUCUCAAGAUGUCGUUGUAUGACAACAGCCAGUGUGGCCAGCUCGGUGGUCUCAGUUCCUUUGUGCCCAAAUACGAGGAGCGGGAUUAGGCCAACCGGUUAGCAGCAUUUUGUAAAUACUUGGCAGCUAAAUAAACAUAAUCCUUUCGCCCUAAGCACAACUCUUUCCAAGUAUUAUGACACAGCAAAAUCAAAUCCCAGUUUAACAUAUAACAUUAAAAGCCCAGUCCCAAGAAUGUUUGGGGAAUAUUUAGCAAAAAUUAGAUGAAACCUAGUUGUAGAUGACAUUACUAUAAUUUAACGGAUCGCAGAAAUAUACGAGCAUAUUUUGUAGAAUAUCAACUAAUCAAAAAAGAAAAAAAAACGUAUAAAUAUCCACACUCUACAAACAUAAGUUAAACUACUAUUUGAAUUUGAAUUAGAAGAUGAAGACGAAGCGACGUAGAAGUGUAACCAAAGAAAGCCAAUCCGAUGUGUAAAUAUAUGACUAUUAUAAUAAUUCUUACUAUUAUGCAUAUUAUAUGAGAGAACUCUGCUAAUUUCUUUGAAUUGUGUAAUUUCUUGUUUCGAAACAUUUUGCCUUAUUUUAGAUCGUUUUCCAGCCUAGCAAAUAAGCAUAGUAUUUCUAUAAAUAAUAAUAAUUAAUAAUAAAAAAAAGAA